GGAGAAGUGGAGAACCUGGUCCAGGCUGUUGGUUUUGAUCGCUGUACCAUUCUCCGGCCAGCGGUGCUGCUGUGCAAUCGUCGGGAGUCCCGCCCCGCAGAGUGGAUGGCCCAGAAGUUUCUGGGUGUUGUGGCUCUGGUCUUCCCCACUGCUUACUCUGUGCCUGUGGAAACGGUGGCCAGGGCUAUGGUGGCCAGUGUGCUGCAGCCAGGCGAGGGGAAGGUGGAGGUGCUGGAGAAUGGGGCCAUCCACAAGCUGGGAAAGGCAGUGCCACAGCAGGGCACGUAG